CACGCCUUAGGCAGAUGCUACUCACGAUAGAAGUGUCCGUAGUGUUGUACGGGAUCAAAAUACUCGAUGCUAUCUAUACAGCUUCGCCGGCGAUGGUUGUUUGUGAUACACCUUCUACCAGAUUGGCUGUUUCCUCUGCUCCAAAUGUUUUUAUUUACAUACAGAGGGAUCGUUAGAUACCUUUCUAGUUGUCAUUGGGAAGAACGGAGAGCGCAGCGAGGAUGGAGGUGGAGAACAAGCACAUCAUCAUCAAGCACGCCAUCGACGGUCUCCCCACCGAGUCCGACUUCGAGCUCCGGAGCACGCCGCUGGUCCUCUCCGUCGCGCAGGGCUCCAAGGAAGUAGUCGUCAAGAACUUGUUCCUGUCGAUCGAUCCCUACCAGCUCAACCGCAUGAAGACGUGCAGCUCCUCACAGAAGACCUUUGCAGCUGCAGCACGCAUCCAGCCCGGGCAGAGAAUCGAUGCCUUCGGCGUGGGGAAGGUGGUGGUCUCAGGGAACGAGGAGUUCGAAAGAGACGAUGUGGUGGUCGGACUUCUGGCCUGGGAGGAAUACACGGUCGUCCGGCCGGGAACCACGUUGACCAAGGUUGACCCGCAUGAGUUCCCCCUGUCAUACCAUGUGAGCAUCUUAGGGCCGAGUGGAUUGACAGCUUACGCUGGCUUCUACGACAUUUGCAAGCCGAAGAAGGGGGAGAAGGUCUUCGUCUCUACAGCAUCCGGUUCGGUGGGGAGUUUGGUCGGCCAAUACGCCAAGCUCUCUGGCUGCUACGUCGUGGGAUGCGCCGGAAGCAAGACGAAGGUGGAUCUUCUAAAAGAGAAGCUUGGAUUUGAUGACGCGUUUAACUACAAAGAAGAACCUGAUCUGAAGUCUGCUCUUAGAAGGUACUUCCCGGAAGGAAUCGACAUAUACUUCGACAACGUUGGUUCUGCGAUGUUAGAUGCUGCAGUCGCCAACAUGAACCUCUUUGGUAGAGUUGCAUUAUGCGGAGCAAUCUCCGAGUACACGGACGCAGGCAAGCGAGCGGCGCUUGAUAUGGUCGAUGUGAUCUAUAAACGGAUCACACUCCGCGGGUUCCUCGCCUUGGAUCACCUUAACCUGUACGCUGGAUUCAUAUCGUCCACAUCCGACCAUCUUCGCCAUGGCAGAAUGCGAGCAGUCGAAGACAUAUCCACUGGCCUCGAAAGCGUGCCAUCCGCUUUUGCUGGGCUGUUUCGAGGUGAUAAUGUCGGCAAAAAGCUCGUGCAAUUGACAAGUUUGUGAUAGACUGAAUUGCAGCGGAAAGCUUUUGGGCGAAUUUUCGAAAAAACGUUUAUUUUUCAAAAU